GUGCACUGCGGUGAGUCAAACUUCCUUAUUUAUGACAUAUAUACAGACAUAAUAAUAUCACAUUACAAUGCAAUCUUGUAUCAUUUCAAAAUAACUGAAACAAAUCCCUCAAUCCUUCAAGUUUAAUUCAUUGAUUUCAAAACACAAGCUAAUAAGAUAAUGAUUGUACAAACCAGCCAUACAAAGACAUCAGCCAUUCAUACAAAAUACGUGUUUAACAAAAACGCGGUUUACCAUGUAUAGAUUUUUAGCAAAUGCUGAUUCACACAGUGUUAAAUCUAUACAUUCGUUAAUGAUUGAUAGACUUGUUUAGCGAUAUAGUGUCUGUCGUUCUUGAGGAUAAAACUACGACAAUAACAUAUAAGUAAGCGAAAAAUGACAACACUAGGAAACAAACAGAUAGUCAUUUUAUUGGCAGCAGUCUGCUUAACACAGGAGCCUGAGUGUUCGAGGUUUCACUAUGAGGAAAAGUUGUUGGAGAAAGUGAUCAGAUCGGAAAUCAAGAUGGAAGCGUUUGGCGAUUCAUUGAAAGUGGAAACAAACUUAAUGGAUGUACAGAUGCAGAAAAUUACAGAAUUAACAAAAAAAGUGGAAAACCAACAGCAAGAAAUUGAAUCAUUGAAGUACGUAAAGAGCAGUGGUUUAUACACGAGAUGGGGACGGCGGUCAUGCCCUGGAAAUACUGAGCUGGUGUACGAAGGGUUUGCUGGCGGCGGACAUUACAAGCACACAGGGGCAAGCAGUAACUACAUUUGUCUGCCAAAGGACCCUAUCUUUGAAAGAGAUGGACGGAGAGCGACUAACGUUAACAAGGUUUACGGUGCUGAGUAUGAAACAAAUUCUGCAACGUUUCACUCGAGUUUACAUGACGAAGACGUUCCCUGUGCCGUCUGCCGUGUUGUAGGAAGAAGCGUUGUCAUGAUUCCAGCGAGGAAUGCUUGUUAUAGUGGAUGGCAAACGGAGUACUCUGGCUACUUGAUGUCGGAGUAUCACAACCACGCUGGGAACAAGGAACUCGUUUGCAUGGACGGUAAUCCUGAAAAGGCGGAAGGAAGUGAUGCUGGUGAUCAAAAUGGUGCCCUGUUUUACUUUGCUCUAGCUUUUUGUGGUUCUUUAAAAUGUCCCCCAUAUAGCGAGAACAAGGCGUUAACAUGUGUGGUGUGUUCGAAAUAGAUGGAAGACGGUUUUAUUGACGUGGCAUGGAAAUGCGACGUCAGUUUGGAAUAGGUUUCAAUGUUGUAUCAUGGAGGAUCACGUGAUCAAAAUGGACCAGCCAACAUUGUUAUUGUAAAAUAAAAUUAUAAAAUAUGUUUGAUAAAAAGCAACCUUUAUAAAUGAACAAUUGUAUAGCCUUAUAAAAGAAAAAAGAAACACAAAGAUUAAAGCUGCACUCUCACAGAUUGAACAUUUUGACAACUCUUUUAUAUUUUUUGUCUUGGAACGAGCCAAUUUUUGCGAACAUCCACGGAAACCAGUUAUAUAAGAAUGCUGACAAAAAGUUAGAUCGCAGAUGUUUAUAUUAAAGUUCUAAAAAUGAUGUUUUAUGCAUUUUUCUUAAACCGUUUGUAAAGGUUUAAGCCAUAAAACAUUAUUUUUCGAACAGACAUAUGAAAAUCACGAUCUGAUUUUUGUCAGCAAUCUUAUAUUAUUGGUUUGCAGAUAUUUACGCAAAAAUUUGCUCUUUCCAAGACAAAAAAUAAAAAAAGUUGUAAAAUUGGUAUAUCUGUGAGAGUGCAUCUUUGAAAUGAACGUAUGACUUAAACCGUUACUUCAAACUUUUGGACACAUUUAAUGGGUAUUUAAUAACUUGUCCUGUUUAUAGCUUGGUUUACGAAUCUUAGGACCCGAUUCAUCAAAGCUCCGGAGUCUUUAUAUGUGUAAGGCUUACACAACUAUUGAGCAUGACUAUCAAUCUAUUUUUGAAAGACCUACCCAAUCCCGAACAUUCACCUGGACCAGGUUAAGGAGUGUACAUUGGAUUGUAAUGAAAUAGUCUUGAUUACUGUACAUAGUAAACUUUCAAACCAGUUCUUUACCUGUGCCUUUAGAAACAGGACACCGUGCAGCUCGUGAUCCGUUUGUCCUAUUGUUCCAUUUCAUGUAACGUGACCGAAUUCAAUGUCAUGGGGAAAUGUGUAUACAAAAUGAAGCAAAUCCGAUAUCUGAAACAGAUAGAUUAAAUUCAUGACAUUGCA